UGCCCAUCAGUGCCACCUACCAGUGCCCAUCAAUGCCACAUAUCAGUGCCCAUCUGAGCUGCCUUUCAGUGUCGCCAGUCAGUGCUGCCAAUCAGUGCCACCUAUCAGUGCUGCCUAACAGUGCCAGUCAGUGCCGCCUAUCAGUGCCAGUCAGUGCCGCCUAUCAGUGCCGCCUAUCAGUGCCAUGUAUCGGUGCUGCCUUUCAGUGCCCAUCAGUGAUGCCUGUCAAUGCCCAUCAGUGCCACCUACUAGUGCCUCCUCAUCAG